UCUUUAUUUCAAACUAUAGAAUUAUUUGUUUCAGUUACUUUUAUUGUUAUUUGAAACGAAAAUUUAACUCAGUGUGUAAGGCAGUGUGUGACCCGCCAUUUUAUUUCGCGCUGUGAACGGAGUUGAAGAAAAAUGUCUGACGCGGAGGAGUUCAUCGAAGAACUCGAUGUGGAAAAAAUAUCCGUGGAGGAAGUCGAGCUAAUAGAAUUGCUCAACAAUUUUGGAAUUACUGAAACUAUUAUUGAAGCCUUUCUUGUCAAUUCUUACACGAUUGAAACACUGAAAGUGAUUCAGCGGCAAGAAAUCGAGCUGCUGAUUCCACCCCCGUCGCUUGCGGAGCGGACCAAGUUCAUCCACCAAUUGGACAUCUGGAGAACAGCACAGGGGCUACCAAAAAUCCAAGAAGUUCCAGCAAGUGGCAGCAGCUCUGCUUCGGUGCUGGACACCAAGGUAAGGCUGCCUUCUGAACCAAGGAUCACGCGGGAUUCAUGCACGGCCACCUAUUUGCUGAACAACUCGUCGAAGGGCCAAGCCAUCAUACGGAAAUACAGCCAAACACCGUUUCUCUCAAGAUCCGACAAAAAAAGUAUCACCCAUAUUGUCGUCGAUGAAUUUAAGAACAGAUUCUCCAAGCUGACGUCAUCAGAGUUGCUUGAACGAUCCAAAGAGCUAAAGCAGAUUUUUCCAAGUGAGCCGCAGGAGACUUGGUAUCAACCAACAUUUGUGACGGACAGCCCAGGAAAGAAAAAGAAAAUCAGCAAGCAAGCCAAAGGCCGACUUUACGAUAGGAAUAUCAACUACAAAGAGGUCAGCCAACAGAUAGCGAACCAAAAACCUAACGAAACCGAGCCGUCUGCCGCUGCGGCCGCUACGGGCAGUAUUACGUCGAGUACAGAAGCUGCGGAGUAUCAGCAAGUGAAGGCUUGGCUGGUUCAUAAUCAAGACGAAUGGGAAGAGCUCAAGAUAAAAUGGAAACGAUCUAGCCCUUGGCGGCUUCUAGAAGUUGGCAAAUUACAAGAUCGGACGUGUGCAUCUAUACUUCGUGAAUACCCAACACUCAGAAAUCACCGAGGAUAUCAACUGGUGCAAAUCGAUUUUGCUCAAAAAUUCCCAGGCAAGGACGAAAUUCUAUUCGAACGGUGGAUUGAUUUUGCUAAUGCAAUUAAACCAAUCUUACAAGUUGAAGUGUCUGAUGUCAAAGGAAAAUCACUCUUGGCAUGCUUAGAUGCAGCUGAUAUUACCGAAGACGCUCGGAACUAUGUGAUUGUUAAUCUUUUGACUCACAUUCUGCCCCGCACACAUAUUAAGUGUUCCGGUAAACAACGAUGGAAACCUUCAUACAGUGAAGCGCAGGACGGAGUCGUAAUUCAUGUGAAGCAAUUAGCUGACCUUGAAUCCAGUCUUUCUCGACUGUUCAAAGGAUCCCGAGAACGAGGCAUUCCGUCUGCUCCGUUUAUUGUAGUUCACGGAAAAGACUGGAAACAUCCUACAAGCUUCACAGUAUGGAACAACAUUGUAUCAUAUAAGUUGCCAAGUUUCCUGAAAGCUUUGGACAUAUGCAUCAAGAUCUACAAGGCGUAUGAUAUCGAGUAUCCGCCACAGUCAGCAGUCAUUUGGAAGCUGCUAUCUUCGUUCCUAUUCAACAUCGGUGAAGCUGUUCAGGAUUCUGCAGUCGAGUCGUUGUGCGCGGCAAUUCGACUAAAGCUAUCGUCAUAAUGUUUCGUUGCAUCGAGAGUAAUUGUAAUUGGGAGACCACCACGAUCACCCGUCUAUACGAACAUCUUAAUAAAGUGCAUAGUUCGAUAGAAACAUACGUCUGUAAUUUUACCGGCUGUUCCCGAAACUAUAGCGUACGAGCAUCAUUUUUUAGACAUUAUAAAAAGCACUACGAAGAUGUCGCUUGGAGAGAUAUUGACGCUGGAUCGAAGAGCCAAGUUUCGAACGAAGUUCCGCAAGCAUCCGAAAUCAAGAAGAUGAACGUGGAAGAAAAAAACAGUGAAACGAAAGAGCAAAAUAAUGAUGUUGAAUUAAAAUGUAAUCUUAUGCAACUAGAGAAAGAAAAGAGCAGAAUUGAUAUGGAUGAUCUAUCAAACAAAAUUAAAUAUUUGAGUGUAAACUUCAAUUUGAAAUGGUUAAAUAUGAACACUAGCCUGGGACACGGUUAUAUGAAAAAUUUAGAUUCUCGCUCCAG